AAAGUGUCCGGAUGAAUAGAGUUACAACAGUGAUACAAAGUUGUAAAAAUAGUGAAAUGAAUUUUAUAUUAUCAAAACUAAUGUGGCAAAAUGGAACGAGAAUUAAUCAAUAUUUAUUUGCGACGAUAAUAACAAUACCACUGCUGAGCUUCGGUAUGGUGCAGGGCUGGUUAUCACCAAUGAUAUCCGUGCUGCAGUCGCCCGAGGGUCCGUCUCCGGAGCCGUUCAGCAGCUCUGAUAUAUCCUGGGUGACGUCAGUCACGUAUAUUACUGCUAUCAUAUUCGGUGCGCCUAUGGGCUAUCUGACAGAUCGGUACGGUCGGAAAAUCAUGACACUCAUCACUACGUUGUCACUUAUUGCGUAUUGGCAAAUAAAGCUGCUGAGCCUGGAGCCAUGGGCAGUGAUACUGGCCCGUGGUAUAGCCGGUAUACCGUGCUCAGCCUGCUAUAUAGUCCUGCCUAUCUACUUAAAGGAGAUCAGCGAUAUAGAUCUAAGAGGAGCUCUCGGUUCACUGCUCAUUUUAAACAGAAACAUUGGCUACUUGGUGAGCUAUAUCGCCGCUGACUUACUGGAGCCGACCACGUUACUCUGGAUGGGUCUCCUAGUUCCUACCGUCGUGUUCUUCAUAUUCCUGCUCAUGCCGGAGACACCGGAAUUCCUCGUCAAACAGGGAAAAGUCGAUGAAGCCAAAACCGUGUUGGCUUGGCUUCGAGGUGUAUCCACGUUAGAUCGUAAAGUGGAGGAAGAAGUAGAAAGUAUAGUGAAAGCUGAAAAACGGACGCAGUCUGAUACCAAAUCUGUAUGGGGAAUUAUACUGAAGGACAAACCGACAUUCAAAGCGUUCAUAAUAACUUUGGUGAUCAAGAUAACGCAGCAAUUUGACGGCUACUUGAUCGUGCUCAUCUACGCGGGCUUUGUGUUUGAGCGCGCGGCUGACUACAUCAGCCUAAAGCUCAGCCCCAACAAGCAGAUUAUUAUGAUAGGUGUUGUGCAGCUACUGGGAUCUAUAGUGGCCACUUGUAUUGUGGAGAAGACUGGGAGGAAGUUACUCCUGAUUACAACAUCACUAGCUAUGGGAGUGGGAAUGCUGACCCUGUCCGCGUGGUUCUACGUCACCGCGGAGGGCACCUGGCUACCAGGCUGGCUGCCAGUGCUCGCCAUGUGCGUCUGCAUCUUCGCUGAUGCAGCCGGCUUCCAGCCGAUAUCCUACAUUAUCAUCACCGAUCUCUUUACAUUCCAGUUACGAGGAACGGUGUCUUCAUUCGCCAACAUAUGCGCUAAACUAAGCAACUUCGUACAAAUGAAAUGGUUCAAGAAUCUCAGCGAAUUGAUCGGUAUUCAUUGGACACUAUUAUUUUUUGCUAUAGUUUGCUUCGCUGCUUCCUUCUACACUGUUAUAUUCUUCCCCGAAACGAGAAACAAGACUGUUGAUGAAAUAUACGCGAAGCUAUCCAGAAGGAAAAAGAAGGAGAACGAAGACGAUGCUUCUAAAUCAGGUCCCUAGUUUGUAUAAUUUUAGUACAUAGUUAAAUGAGAUUAUGUCGAUUUGAAAAGCAUUUGUUAUGAAGCACUUUAAAAUGCAUUUAAAAGGUUGAUUUUAAUGUACUUUUCGUACUA